UUCAAAAAAAAAAAAUCUAAUCAACUCUUCCCUAUCUCCUUCCACUCUGCUCAUUCUCACUCACUCCACCAUUACAAAACCUCCUAAUCCAAAACCCAUGUCUCUCCCCAUCACCACCACCACCUGCCUCUUCUCACCACCAUACAAGCUCCCCACAUUCACCACCCCACACUCCUCACUCCUCUUCCACUCCCCACCACCACUCCUCCUUCUCAAACGCACCAUUCCCACUCCCACCCCUCUCCGACGCAACAACCCAUUCCUCACCCGCGCUGACGACGGCGACGGCGACGGAGCCGACCCCGACGACUACGACAUGGACGAGGACGAGCUCGAGGAAGUCGACAACAAGAAAGACUUCGACAUCGAGUACCACUCCGAAUCCACCUCGCUCUCUGCUACCGCCGACGAAGACAUCGACAUGGUACAAAGCAAGACUUUUGUGUCUACACAAGGUUGGGACUCCGAGAUGGUCGUCGAUUAUAGAAUCAACGAGGACGAGUUCCAUAAGAUUUCCUUGCUUCACUGCGAUUUCUUUAUCAGAAAACCCCCUGACCCAGAUAACGAUGUCUAUGAUUUCAGAGAGAUGUAUGUUACUCCUCCUGAUACUGAUGUUUAUGCCAUUCCCAAAGUGCUUGCUCCAAUGCCUCAAAAGUACAUUCGCUGUGCAAUGAGUGAUUAUGGAUGCUACAAUGUCACAGAACCGCCCAUUGAUGCGCCUCGAGAUCCAUUAUAUAAAACCGAGAGGGAGAUCUUUAAGGUUUUCUUGACAAAGCACUAUAGGAACCGGAGGUUGGAUGACCCAGAGUUCGUGCUUGAUUUUGAGGAGAUUUAUGUUAUUGAUUCCCAAACAAAAUCAAUUACCAGAGCUAAAGUUUUGGUCACAGUUCCAGGAGGAAGAAAUAGAGAUAGAAAGAGUGACUUGCUUGUAAUACGAGAUAAAGGGAGCUCCUUCAAAAUAAUUCCUCUGAGCGAGAGAGAUAAUCCUUCCACUGUGAUAGAGAGACAAGAGUGGGACAAGACCAGGGAAGACAUGGAGAAACAUCUUAGCAAGCUACGGGACUUCAGCGUUUCAAAUUGGUUCUAGUCACUCUGCAGAUUUUCAAGAUUGCUUCAUGAGGAUUAAUGAGAGCCACAUAGAGAUUGUUUGGAGGUAAGCGCUUGUAAAUAUAUUGACAUUUAAACUUCAGCAUAUGUUAGCAAUAUCGGCAUAGAUGACCCCUUCUGCAAGGAAUUGCUGCUGAUUAGAUUGAAGUUCGUUGGAUUCAAUGAGUUCUGGGCACUUCACCAACUUCCUUUUUUGUAUCUGGUAGUUUCUUUACCUUGUAUUUCAAUAUAAUUUGAGGUGUAUUCAUACCAUCAUUAUGUAAUUCUAAAUCAAUCUGGAACACCAGUCUCUCCCUUAGAUUUC